AUGGCAGUUCAACCCCCCGUCAAUGACUCGAUCCGAGAGAUUGAUGACAUGAGUUGGCUGUUAGGCGAAAAGCUUAUACUAUCCCGCUCCUGUUCAGCAUCGCCUCCUUUUUCGUGGUACGACGGAUCUACCUUCUACUACCGUAUCACGGAGGCAACGCAAAAGCCCCAAAUAUCUCGGUCCCGUUUGACUGCACUAUCAGACUCAGUUCGCUUGGUGCAUUCGGCCGGCAAUGAGUCUGCCGUUUGGGAGGUUGGAAAUGCAUUCGUCAAAGUUAAACUUUCUGGGCCACCGGAUACAACACGCGAGCACGUUACCCUGGCAUGGGUGAAGGACAGGUCGCCCAGUUUCGCAAUCCCGGAAGUUCUCUACCACGACGAAUGGGAGGGCCGAUAUUACCUCGUCCUAUCGAAAGUACCUGGCCAAACACUUGCUCAAAUUUGGUCGAGUAUGGAUGAAGCCACGAAAUUCCGCUAUGUUGACCGAAUUGUGGAUGUCUGUCAGGAGCUGGCAGAAUACAAAGCCAACUUCAUAGGUGGUGUCGAUGGGCGAUACCUUCCUGAUUCGCUAUUGAUCAAACGUGGCGGAGAGAAAGACUUCAGUAAUCAAAAUCUGGCCAAGAAUUGCAAGGAUCUGAAGAUGGAUUGUACUGAGUUCGUUUUUUUUCACUGUGACCUGGGGCCAGGAAACUUGGUCAUAGCUUCUAAUGGCUUACUUGGUAUCAUAGAUUGGGAGACAGCUGGUUUUGUCCCAAAGCAGUGGAUAAGGACUCGAUUUUGUGUUUCGGAUGGAUUAAACUUGCCUGGUACCGAUGAUGCACGUUUUGAUUGGAGGAAGUCUGUACAGAAGCAAUUAUCAACCAAGGGCUACGAGGAGAUUGCGGAUGCCUGGAUGGCUUGGUGGCAAUCAGAAUGA